AUGGCGCUGCAGCUGAAGACCGGGGAUGCAGCGUACUACCAGAGUGCAGAUUACUGCAGAAAUUACACUUCACCGCCUGUCAGCUACGGUGACAGCAGCCAUUAUUUUGCCCGAUUGCCAGGUCCAGAGACCAUGUUGAAGCCUCCUCUGAGUCUCUUCAGUCAUCACCAUCAGCCUUUCCAUCACAUGGACUCUCUGCACCGGCUGGGACCUCCGCCAAUGGCGCCAACGCAACCUCUCGGCCCGCCUCCCAUGUCCCCUGCUCAGGCGAUGGGACCUCCAACCUUGGUUCCCACCCAGAGUCUAUGUCCCCCACCCAUAACUGCUGCUCCUCCUCACACGUUAAGGCCUCCUUCCAUUUCCCCGCCACACAGUUUAGGACCCCCACCUCAGACACUGGGGCCUCCACCAAUGGUGCACACGUUGUUGCCCCCACCUGUAGAUCAUUCCCAAACAAUAGUGCCUCCAACCAUGGACCUCACACAACAACUGGGGCCUCCUCCUCCUCUCAAUCAUUCACAAACCCUGGUGCCCCCUCCUGUCGUGGCUCCAGGGGUGGGACGAUUCCCCCUCCCUCCUAGCCCCCUGUCCUCCCCUCCUGCGCUGGGCCCAGACCCUUCGCAGAUGCCCCCAAGACUUCCAGGACAGGCCCCCAUCCCAGCCCAAGUGUCCUGCCUCAUCCCUGGUGGUCCUCUCCCAGGACAGGCAGCCCCAGCCAGUGAGCAGCCCCAGGAUGAGGGCUCUCCAUUGGGUGUGGAGGAGCAGGAGGACUCCCUGGGUCUGGGGGACCUGUGUAAACCUCUGUACUGUAAACUCUGCAAUGUUACCCUCAACUCUGCACAGCAGGCACAGGCUCACUACCAGGGGAAGAAUCACGGUAAAAAGUUGAGAAAUUUCUACGCUGGCAGUCAGCAGCCUCCAGCCAUCAGGAUCCCAGAAGUUCUUGAGGGAGCCGGCCAGACGGGCUCAGCUCAGGAUCCAAUGACAGCACUCUAUAAGGGGGCAACCCGGGUCAUCUUGGCCACAGAGAAUGACUAUUGUAAGCUGUGUGAUGCCUCCUUCAGUUCACCAGCAGUUGCACAGGCCCACUACCAGGGCAAGAACCACGCCAAGAAACUACGGCUCGCUGAGGCCCAGCAGAACUCCAACAACAUGGACGGAAACAAUGAGGCGGCCCCGAGAAGAAGCAGGAAAGACUGCAGUGAGUACAGACUUGUGAAAAACCGCCGCAGCCCACAGCUUCCUGCCUCAAUGACAGGUAAGCUAAUACAUACAGAGAGAGUCGAGACAUUCACCAAGUGGAUGCUGGUUAUACAGAGGCCGUACUACAACCCUAGACCGAGGCAGCGCAUCCCGAGGGACCUGGCCAUGUGCGUCACUCCCAGCGGGCAGUUCUACUGCUCCAUGUGCAACUGCGGAGCCGAGCAGGAGACGGACUUCAGACAGCACCUGGAGAGCAAGCAGCACAAAGCGAAAGUGUCUGAGCUGAGAUACCGCCACGAGAUGGAAAACCUCGGCUACAGCUAGGAGACAGAAGAAGAGGAGGGAGGUAGGGGGAAUAAAAUUCAGAGAUAAGAGUGGGACAAGACAGGUGCAGACAUGCAAGACCAAAGGGCAAGGAAAGUGGAGGCAGCCUUUUUUUAAUUUUUAUUGAAGGGCAUAUCCAGUAAGAGGAUUAGCACUAUAUGG